AUGUCCGCGAUCCAAAAGAGGCGGCGGUCCAAGGUCGCAUGCGACACCUGCCGAUCCUUCAAGAGGAAGUGUGAUAGCGCCCAGCCUUGCUCUCCAUGCAUUAGGUUCAGUAUGAGUGUACCUAUCAGCAGGGAUCACCUCGGGGCCGCAAAGCCCGCUCGCGCCGUCGAGACGCCGACAUCCGGCGUUCAUAGGCACCUCUGCUCGCUCGAGGCCAACUCCGGUGCGGCGUUUGCGCGAAAGCUCGCGCUCAAAAUCGACCCUAAAAAUGCGCCCCGCAUGCACCUCUUCGCCUGGAACCCGUUUCUCGGCUCUCGGGACGGGGCGAGACCCUCGAUCUCCGUGUACUUUGACAAAGUCGACCCGGUCUACGGCUUCGUGAACCGCGAGGAGCUGGCGCUUCAAGUGCACCAUCGAUGGCGGAAUCUCGACUUGCAGAACGAGUACGACUGCAUCCUCCACGGCGUUGCCGCGCUCGGCUGUCUAUUCUCGCAGGUCGACGUCAGCUCGCUGGAGAGGAUUUGCGCGCAAACGGCCAGGACGAUGCUCGAGCGGGCGCUGUCGAGCAACCCGACCGUGGCGAGCAUCACGGCGUGGGCGUUGCGGGUCACGUACCUGCGGAUCACGGGGCGCCCGCACGCGGCGUGGAUGGCCAGCUGCUUGCUGAUGCACAUGGUGGAGGCGGGGGUUGCAUUGCGAGCCUUCAAGGAGAGCGUGCUGCCGCUGGCUGGGGACGACAUCGAUCCCGAGAUACGCAGGAGGCUGUUUGGGGAUCAUCCUGCACAAUGCGUCCACCAUGGUCCCUCGACGCGGCCUGGAGACCAGACCGUCGAGCUUCUUGAGCUUUUGCCCUACGCUGAGAUUCUGGAUCCGGGACAAGCACCGGAAACGUCGGAAUUGGAGGCCACGCUCGACACGGUCCUGGGGCUCACGUAUUCAAUUCCGCCGACCAAACUUGCCCGGUGCAACCUCGUGCUAUGCAUUUGUCGGCGGUUGAAGUCUCUCAAUAUUUCAUUUACUGCUCCUGUCCUGGAGAGAAUACUAUCCGUGACGCUGGAGGGUAUCCAGGCCGCGCGCACUUUGCUCGACCAACGAGCGCCUUGGCACCACAUGGCCAAUAUUCCGUUUCAGAUAGUGUGUAUCCUUCUUGCCAUUGACACGAACGAUGCGCUUCACGGCUGGGGAGAUUCUGAGUCGAUACCCGGUACCGAGCGGUGGCAAUGUCGUCGUGGGCUCGGGGCACCGCAGCUCGAGGACAUUGGUUGGCUGAGCGGGUUGGCAGCGGAGAUCCCCAGUUUGCAGGAUAUCGAUAUCGACCAGUUCUUGAACCAGAGUCUCUAUUGGGAUAUGAGCAACCAGAAUCACUAG